AUGUCUGCUGCGGCGCCUGCGAGUGCUCAGGGAAACAAUCGGGGUAGCUGGCAGGACCGGCUGAAGGAACAUUGCCGGGCUGCCAAGUUGCGAGAGCCCUUGUUUCACAUUGUGUCUGACCGGCGAGGAGGACGAACAGCCUGGUCCAGCACCGUCGACGUAGCCGGCCUCAACAUCGCCGCGCGAUACUGGUACGAUGGCCAGUAUCUCAACAACGCCCGCGAAGACGCCGCCGAGGUCGCCCUGCAGCAGCUAAACGCCCAACCACCGUCGUCGACGACCUAUGCUGGGCAGUUUUGA